GGUGACGUCACUGCGUCUCUCUAUAAUGGGUUUGCAGCUGUCAGAGCAACAAUAACAAGAGAAGAGCAGUGGAACGGAAACGCAAACGAAUUAUUUUGAAAGGCUCAAACACCCGUGUCAGCUGCGAAUUUCAUUAAUACUGUCACCAAGGCUCUCGACAAAUUAACUCUGGCCUCCGCUUCUUCCUCCUCCGAUUCAGAAACCGGCGGAGCGUCGCCGCCACCGCAGAAGAAACACACAUUCAGUCGCAGAAAGAACAGGGGAGCUCGCGGCUGCAACUGGGUCAGCGGGCCUGACAGUUUCUGUGGGUCUUUUCACUUUUCCAACUUUACCCUUUACACCUGCCAUCCGCUCAAAUCUGCAUAGUGUCGUCCAUAUCAACACUCAUAACAUGCAGGCUAACGGGGCAGGACAGGCUCCAGCGUCAGAACUGUCCUGCUUGAAUAACGGUGCGCAAAACGGAGACACGUCCCCCGGUGGUGGAGCUCACUCCAACGGACUAUCAACCGUAAACAACGGAACCUCGGUCAGUAACAACAACGGAGUCCCGGCCCAAGUGGGCUCGAACUCCGUGGCUUCGGAUGCAAACUCGACCGUAAAGAAAAAUAAACGUCUUUCUCAGUCAGAGGAAGACGUCAUCAGACUUAUAGGACAACAUCUACACGAUCUAGGACUCAACCAGGCAGUGGACCUGUUAAUGCAGGAGUCAGGGUGCCGGCUGGAACAUCCAUCUGCCUCCAAGUUCCGGAACCAUGUGAUGGAAGGGGAGUGGGACAAGGCAGAGAGUGACUUGAAUGAACUGAAGACAUUGAUGCAUUCUCCCAGCGCAAUUGUGCGUAUGAAGUUCCUGCUGCUGCAGCAGAAGUACCUGGAGUACCUGGAGGACGGGAAGGUGCUGGAGGCACUGCAGGUGCUCAGGGCAGAGCUCACCCCCCUGAAGUACAACACAGACCGCAUCCACGUCCUCAGCGGGUACCUGAUGUGCAGUCAGUCGGAGGACCUGAGAGCCAAGGCAGAGUGGGAGGGCACGGGCCCCACCUCACGCAGCAAGUUGCUGGACAAACUGCAGACGUACCUGCCCCCCUCGGUCAUGCUGCCCCCCCGCAGACUGCAGACCCUGCUGCUGCAGGCGGUGGAGAUGCAGAGAGAGCGCUGUCUCUACCACAACACUAAGCUGGACAGCAGCAUGGACUCUGUCUCCCUGCUGCUGGACCACACAUGCUCACGGAAACGGUUCCCCUGCUACACCCAGCAGGUCCUGACGGAGCACUGUAACGAGGUCUGGUUCUGUAAGUUCUCCAACGAUGGAACCAAGCUGGCCAGUGGCUCCAAGGACACCACUGUCAUAGUGUGGCAGGUUGAUAGUGAGAGUCACCAGGUUAAGCUGAUGAGGACGCUGGAGGGGCAUGCGUACGGGGUGUCCUACCUGGCCUGGAGCCCCGACGACGUCUACCUGAUCGCCUGCGGCCCAGACGACUGCUCUGAGCUCUGGCUGUGGAACGUCCAGACAGGAGAGCUGAGGACCAAGAUCAGCCAGUCCCACGAGGACAGCCUGACCAGCGUGGCCUGGAACCCAGACGGCAAGCGCUUCGUCACUGGGGGCCAGAGAGGGCAGUUCUACCAGUGUGACCUGGAUGGUCACCUGCUGGACUCGUGGGAGGGGGUGCGUGUGCAGUGUCUGAGUUGCCUGGGUGACACCAGGACGGUGCUGGCCUCUGACACCCACCAGCGCAUCCGAGGGUACAACUUUGAGGACCUGACGGACAGGAACAUAGUCCAGGAGGACCAUCCUAUCAUGUCCUUCACCGUCUCCAAGAGCGGGAGGUUAGCUCUGCUCAACGUGGCCACACAGGGGGUGCACCUGUGGGACCUGCAGGACCGUGUGCUGGUGAGGAAGUACCAGGGUGUGACCCAGGGCUUCUACACCAUCCACUCCUGCUUCGGGGGCCACAACGAGGACUUCAUCGCCAGCGGGAGUGAAGACCACAAGGUGUACAUCUGGCACCGCCGCAGUGAGCUGCCCAUCGCUGAGCUGACGGGACACACGCGCACGGUGAACUGUGUAAGCUGGAACCCGGUGCUGCCUGGCCUGCUGGCCAGCGCCUCUGACGACAGCACUGUACGCAUCUGGGGCCCUGCCCCCUCCCUGGAGGGCCAGGACGCCGAGGGAGCCAAUGAAGGUUCCAGCAUGGACAGUUGAUGGUGACCCCAAGAGACCCACUUGGGGUCCCCCGAUGUUUCCUUGGUUAUAAGAGAACCCUGCUACUGACUCUUAACGAGCCAGGAGAGCCAUGUUACACUCUUUAACAAGCCAGGAGAACCAGGAGUUUUAACAGCUGCAGUCUGGAGGGUAUGGCAGUGAGGCUGAAUGUCUGAGCACAGUGAUGAUGUCAAAGAGACGUCAGGCUGGUCACUCAAAUGAACCUUUCUGGCAGGCAGGCAGGGAGGCAGGCAGGGACCCGUGACCUCCUACAGGACAGCAGGCUGCCUCUGAGAGCUCCUGCCAGGCGUCUGCCUCACCUGCCAGGCGUCUGCCUCACCUGCCAGGCGUCUGUCUCACCUGCCAGGCGUCUGCAUCACCUGCCAGGCGUCUGUCUCACCUGCCAGGCGUCUGCCUCACCUGCCAGGCGUCUGCCUCAACUGCCA